AUGGGAGUGUUGGUGCAGAUUAUCUCACCAGAACGGAGUGUUGAACGAUAUGUUGAACCGAACUGGACAGUAGCACACCUAAAAGAACGGCUUGAACUAAUUACAGGGAUUCCUAUGGAAGCACAACGAUUGACCUUAUCUGAUGAUACAGAAGUGACAGAUACAACCAUUACACUUAAUGCACUUGGGAUAAUUCAAAAUACAAGUCUUUAUGUAUCGGAUAUUAGAGAGGAGACAACGGUUAACAAAUCGAAUGAAGUGAACAGCCCGUCUGAAGAUACAGAACAUUUCAAACUAAGUAAUGAAGCAUACGCAGCACGACCUAAUACAUUUACUAAGUGGCGAGAAACACAUUUUGAAAAAAUGAAUGACAAAUCAGCUUUUUUUAGAACAAACCGAGCCUUACAAAAGAUACAUGAAAAAGGUAUCUGUAUUGGUGAAAAAUGUAUUAUCAAAAGCACAGACCAAAUACGUAAUGGCUGGGUCCGGUUUAUUGGUCAUGUCAAAGGAUUGCCUGAGGGUAUCUGGAUUGGUGUCGAAUAUGACGCACCUAUUGGCAAAAAUGAUGGAUCAUUCCAAGGUGUUCGCUAUUUCUCCGCUAAUGAAAACUGUGGAUCAUUUCUCCAUCCCGAUCGAAUUGAAAUGUGCCCACCUUCUCCACUUAUGAAUGCGGAUUCAGAAGAGGAAAUAUAA